AUGGAGGCCAGCAGAUACAUAGAGAAUGUUUUAAAACCUCACCAGGAAAUGAGAUUGAAAAAACUGGAAGAGCACUUUUAUCAAAUGACGGGUGAAACCUGGAAGUUAAGCGGCGGUCACAAACUUGGGGUUCCUGAUUUACCUGAAGAACCUUCUGAAACAACUGAAGAAGUAGUUACUGUUGCUCUCCGAUGUCUAGGUGGGAAAGUCCUAAGGAGAAGGUUUUUUAAGUCUUGGAGUUCACAGGUCUUACUUGACUGGAUGAUGAAAAUUGGGUACCAUACAUCCCUAUAUGGCCUUUCCACAUCCUUUCCCAGAAGGCCAUUAGAAGUGGAGCGAGAUAGGUCACUGGCGGAUAUAGGAAUAACCGUGGAUACUGUACUUAAUGUGGAAGAGAAAGAGCAGAGCAACUAG